UCCGGGUCACAAACGGGACUACGAGGAAAUAAACUCCUCAACACAAGAAACACGACUCAGAUCUAACCAAACAAACAUGUAAUCGCUUUAGAGAAGAGGAAAUGUGAAAUGAUCAUUUCCACUAAAGACGGGAGAAAAAAACAACUUUUUUUCGAAUGAUAACGUCUAGAGAAGUGGACUUUUGGACAACGUUUUAACCCACGUUACUCUACACUGUUUAAGUCCGGGCUGGGAGGAGGUUGUUUGGCUGCGUUUGAAAUUGCUUUUCAUGGUAGGGCAAACUAAACCAGGAGUGGACGCUUUGCAUUUCGUAGUUGAAACUUCUUGUGUCCGGUUGGUUGGUUGUGUGUUGUGGUUUUUUUUUUUGGUUUUUUUUGGUGUGUGUACUUACUUUCCAGUACGGAUUUUUCCGGGGGUAGGAUUAUCCCCCCGUGAUGUUUCAGUGUAUACCCCUGUGGCGGUGUAACCGUCACGUUGAGCUGAUCGACAAGCGCCACUGCUCUCUGUUAUACGUCCCAGAUGAGAUUUUUCGCUACAGUCGGAGUUUGGAGGAGCUUUUAUUGGACGCAAACCAACUUCGUGACUUGCCCAAGCAAUUUUUCCAACUGGUGAAGUUAAGAAAGCUCGGACUGAGUGACAAUGAGAUCCAGAGACUUCCUCCAGAGAUAGCCAACUUUAUGCAGCUUGUAGAACUUGACGUCUCACGCAAUGACAUUAUAGAGAUUCCAGAGACCAUUUCCUAUUGUAAAGCUCUUCAAGUAGCAGACUUUAGUGGAAACCCUUUGACAAGAUUGCCGCAGACCUUCCCUGAGUUACGGAAUCUGACGUGCCUUUCCAUCAAUGACAUUUCAUUACAAGCACUUCCUGACAACAUUGGAAAUCUCUGCAACUUGGUAUCACUGGAACUCAGAGAAAACAUGUUGACAUAUUUACCAGAAUCUCUCUGUCAACUACACCGACUUGAAGAACUCGAUCUGGGGACCAAUGAACUGUAUACUUUGCCUGAGACAAUAGGAUGCCUUGUCAGUUUAAAGGAGCUAUGGCUGGAUGGAAACCAGCUGGCCGAAUUACCAUCGGAGCUGGGCAGUAUGAAGAACCUGCUGUGCUUGGAUGUGUCGGAGAACAAGCUGGAGCACCUCCCAGAGGAGCUGGCUGGGCUGCUGUCCCUCACUGACCUGCUGGUGUCCCAGAACCUCCUCGAGACUCUGCCAGAAGGCAUAGGAAGACUGAAGCAGCUUUCAAUACUGAAAGCUGAUCAGAACCGCCUGGUCCAACUGCCCGAGAGCAUUGGCGGCUGUGAAAGCCUGACCGAGUUAGUGCUGACAGAGAACCAGCUGCUGCGCUUGCCCAGAAGCAUCGGAAAGCUUAAGAAACUCUCAAACUUCAACUGUGACCGGAAUCGCUUGACAACUUUACCCAAGGAGAUUGGAGGCUGCAGUAGCCUGAAUGUGCUCUGUGUGAGGGACAAUUGUUUGAUACGCAUUCCUUCAGAACUGUCACAGGCCACUGAGCUGCACGUGUUUGAUGUGUCCGGAAACAGGCUGGCCUUUUUGCCCAUGUCCCUCACCACGCUGCGGCUCAAAGCUCUCUGGCUGUCAGAGAACCAAUCUCAGCCACUGCUCACCUUCCAGACAGACGUGGAUCCUAACACGAGGGAGAAGGUGCUCACCUGUGUACUCUUGCCCCAGCAGUCCUGCGAGCUGGACAGAGACUCCGAUAACCUAGCACGCUGUGGAGCUAUGGAAAACCUUGUGAACGACAUGGCUGAUGAUACCUGGGACAACAGAACCAUUAACAGGAUCAGCGCCAUCCGCUUCAUUGAGGAGGAGGAGGGUGAUGAUGAUGAUGACGAAGAAAAGGGUACAUUCUUGCGACGGGCCACGCCCCACCCAGGUGAGCUAAGGACCAUGAAGAAGGUGGUCGAGAAUCUCCGAAAUGACAUGAUUGCUGCCAAAGGUCUGGACUCCAACAAAAACGAGGUCAAUAAUGCUGUGGACCGAGUGACCACGUCUGUGUGACUGCUUUUACCUCUGUGGCACCUCCUCUCGUCUGUACCUAUUGCUCGUGAACCCCACAUACAUCCCCUCCUGGAUGUCACCCUUCUUCCCCCAUUCCUGGGCCUGUCUGACACUCGGCUUCAUCUCCUCCCACCCUGAAUCAGAAAGCAAUGUCUACAAAAGGGACAUGCUGUUCUUUCAACGACCAGAGCAAUAAUUUGCACCGAAGUGCACACUUUAUAAUAUCUUAAAAUCCAGUGCUUUUAAAUCUAUCCCGCAGACACUUCAAAGUAGUUAGACUACAUCAAGUCUUAUAGUACAUUAAUAUCCUGUGAGUAUUGACUAUACAUAUACUGUAUAUACACACACACACACACACACACACACACACAUAUAUAUAUAAUUUUUUUUUUUUAGUUAAGUUUUUUUUUUAAACACUGGGUGGAUAUUUUAUUUUUUCAAUUCUUUCGGGAUAUGAGCCCAUGCGUUCUUGGACCUACUGAUUUAAAAAAUAUAUUGUAUAGAUCUUUGUGAAUAUCGAUUCUUUUGUACUUAUGGCAGCUCAGAUGGUGUAAAUUUGUAGGAAACAUAUGUAUAGCAUGAUUCUUAAUCAGUGAGCAUUUGUACUCUUACUGUAAAACCUUUGUUUUUUACAGAGAGACAUUUUAUAGAGAAAACAAAUUAGCUGGUAGAAAGAGGACUGCUUCUCAUUUACAUUUUCAGGUUGGGCAUUUUGUCUUCUUAAAUCAAUCUAAUUCUUAUUCUAAAUAAAAAGGUUUUUAUACUGAGUAAACGGGCUAAUGCAGCAAACAUCUACCAAUCUCCUUCAACUGGACUAAGCAGCCCUGUUUACUUAUUGUGGUUCACCAUGAUUGUGUGGUGCUCCACUAUUAAUGGUUUAUUCUACACAGAAAUGCUACCCUGGCUGGUAGUGGGUGAAAAUUAUUCGGGGCUGAUUAGCCUAUCUUGUUAAUAAUUCUAACCAAAACCUGACCCUCACAUUAAUUCCAAAAAUAAUCAUGUUGGAUUGAUACUCCUGGCCUUGUGUACAUUUGGUACAAUAAUACCUGCUAGUUGUCACUUUUGUAUCAUAACUGGGCAGUAUAAGUGCAGUUGUUGGGGAAGUAGAAUGCACUUUUGCAAGACUGUUUUAUUAAAAUUGCUUGUUCUAUGGUACACUACAGAAUCCAUUUUUGCAUUGCAUGAUGCAAAUCCAAGAGGAUUGCUUUUUUAAUGUUAAUUUUUCCUUUAAUAAUAAUACCAAUAAUACAUAUUAUUAAUAAUUUAUUGUUUAUUUUCACAGAUAAAGCUGCAUAGAAAACCCAUGUAGGUGCAGAUUCUGGGCCUACAUUUUAAUGCCUUCUAACCACUGAUACAAUAAAAUCAUUUUAUGAAAUCAAA